UGGGUAAAACCUAGUUGUCGUGAUGGACCUGCUGAGAUUCAUUUAGACAAUUUCAUUUACAUCAGACAAUUUCGACCGUUUGAAUAUAAAUUAUCCUUCUCAUGGCGUUAGAAAUUUCAUUCAAAGGGAAACAUGUCCUUGUCACGGGGGCUGGAAAUGGAAUUGGUUUAGCCCUGUGUGAAAAAUUGUGGAGUGGGGGCGCCCAUGUGGUCGCGUUGGAUAAAUGUGACCAGAGUUUGGACAAGUUAGUGGCCAAGUGUCCCGGCGUGGUGCCGGUUUGUGUCGACCUUCUCGACUGGGAGGGGACGAGACUGGCCCUCAACGAGGUGCUGAACGAACCGCUCCACGGCCUCGUCAACAAUGCAGGAAUUGGUGGAGCUGCCACGUUUAUGAAAACGACCCCAGCCAUUCUCGACCCCGUCAUUGGACUUAAUGUGAAAGCGAUCGUGAACGUGUCGCAGGUCGUGGUGGGUCAAGCGAUCGCGGCUGGAAGGGGGUGCAACAUUGUGAACGUGUCGUCACUCGCGUCCCGAUUUCCGACGAGGGCAUCCUGCCCGUACAACCUUUCAAAGGCGGGUGUCGACAUGCUGACCAAAUCGAUGGCUUUCGAGCUGGGACGGCAUAAAAUUCGGGUCAAUUCCGUAAAUCCGAACAUAGUGAUGACCGCGUUGGCGGAGGAAUGGAUGCGCGCGGGUGAUGGGGCCGUGUUGAAGGGGAAAUUGGUCGGAAGAACGCCGCUGGGUCGAGUGGGCGCGGUGAGCGAAGUUGUCGACACUAUCCUUUUCCUUCUAUCCGAUUCUGCGCCCAUGAUUCAUGGACAAAGCGUUUUUGUCGAUGGGGGCUUCUCGGCGGCAUAAUUAUGAUCAAUGUUCAUGGUAAAAGUAAAAUUUUGAAUAUUUUCGGAAAAGAAAAAUUUAUUACAGAUAUUUGGUGUGCUAAAUUAUAUAUACAAGUAAUUAAAUCAAUAUAUAAGUCGACCUUGA